UUUUGUAGUGUUUUCUUUGCAUGCGAGUUUCUCAAUGGCUCCAUUUAGUUGUGGUUUUGUUUACUCUUUUAUAAAACUCCUAACCCGGUAUCCGUGUCGCAGUACCAGGGAGUCGUUCUGUCGUUUCUCCGGUUAUGCGGCACAGCAGCAACAGCAACAGCAGCAGCAGCGAGGUCCGGGAGCUCCUCUUCCCGGCUCAGUGGACGCGCACGGCGGCGUGACGGUGCGCCACUUGCCCGCUGACGUCACCGAAGCUGCUUUCAGCGAGCUGCUGCGGGAAUCUGUGUGCGUGUGGCAGUCCGAGGGACGUGUGGCUGUCUGGUUGCAUGUUCCUCUCUGUCGGAGUCGUCUAGCCGAGGCUGCAGCGCUACAGGGAUUUAUCUUCCACCACGCGGUACGAGACGAGGCCGUGCUCAGCCUGUGGAUGGGGGACGGAGAGAGCCGUCUGCCCCACUAUGCCACACACCAGGUCGGAGUUGCAGGUGCUGUUGUGAACCAGUCCAAUGGAAAAGUCCUUGUUGUUCAAGACAAGAACAGAGUUCACUGCUCCUCGUCAUUUACCGGUUGCAGUCUGGCUCCGAUCCAUCAGCGAUACCGAGCUAAGAAUAUGUGGAAGUUUCCCGGUGGCUUGUCAAAUCCAACUGAAAAUAUUGGCGACACUGCAGUCCGUGAAGUUUUUGAGGAAACCGGCAUCCGAUCUGAAUUCCGAUCUCUCCUGAGUAUCCGCCAGCAGCACCACCACCCCGGAGCAUUUGGGAAUUCGGAUAUGUAUCUGAUCUGCCGUCUCGCUCCAGUGACGUACAACAUUAACUUCUGCAAGCACGAGUGUUUACGGUGCGAGUGGAUGGAUUUGGCCAAAUUGGCUAAAGCUAGUGACGGUGCACCUAUAACAAGCCGCAUCGCCAAACUGCUGCUGUACGGACUCGAGAACGGAUUCGACAACAUCGAUCUAAGCAUGGAGGAACUGCCCGCCGUAUACACCGGAUUAGUCUAUCAGAUUCAUCACAGGAAAAUUCCUGAGCGGUAUAAAUAAAUCUUACAGAGUAUUAAAGAUACGAAUAAAAAUGCCUGUUUUCAUCCGAGGCCUUUGUUAAAAGGAGAAUUUUUUUUUUCUAGUCUUUUUUAAGGGCAUUAUUUUAUUCAUUUAUUUGUAGAUAACCAAAGUUACAUUAUAUUAAACUCGUUUAUAUUUAUUUAAUAUGUGGAUUUUUUAUUAAGCAGAAAUAGCCAAUAUGAUCAACAAAAAUGUAAAUUUAAAUAAACAAAUAUGGUAGAGUAAAUAUCUUAAUCUUCAGAUCACAUCGCUUUUAGCUAAGUGAAUUAGUCAGAUGGUGUUGAUUUAUUUUAUUUGAUUCUUUUUAAAACUGCACAUCAAAUCACAUGAAUUUACAAAGAGAUUAGUAAGGCAGACACACUACAUACAGAAAUGUAAGCUUAUUAAUAACCCAAUUAAAAUGUGUUUUGUGUAAUUGCUUAUUUAUGGAAUAGUUUACGUCUAUGCAGUUUGUAAAAAAGGAAACAUUCAUUUACUUUUUGUAAAGAAAUUUGUUUAUUUAAUUGAACAAUAGACUUACAAUUGUUUGCAUUUUGUCAACAUUUUGCUGUGAUUAUAAAUAAGAUUAAUACAUUAAUACAGUAUGUGCUCUUUUGUCCCUUAAACCUAUUUGAACUAGCUAAUAAAUAUGCUAAUUGUAUUGUGUUAUAAAUACUGUUACAUAUGUAGUUUGCAGAAUUAUAAUGCUAUGUUUUAUUAAAAUGUUGACAUAACUACA